AUGCCUCUGGACAUAAACGAGCCCGAUCAUCCCGGUCCUCCUGAAAGUUCAAAGACCGAGCCUCUAGCAUGCGUUUCCUGCAGGGCUCGCAAGUUAAAGUGUGACCGCACAAAGCCAGCCUGUGCUCGCUGUGUAAAGGUCUCAAACGACUGUGUAUACCCCGAAUCAAGGAGGAAGCCGAAUUUCAAGAGGAGAAACGUCAAAGAGCUCGAGGCUCGCUUAGCCCAAGUUGAGGACUAUCUUAAAGAAGUCAACAAAAAUUCUUCGGAAGAGAAAACCGAUGAUGGUAGUCCUAUCUAUCCAAACCAGCAUCAUGCCGACUUUGGCAGUGUUGUCUCCCCUGGAAUACCAGGACUAGUGAACGAUUUUUCGGAUCCCAGUUUUUCGUCUUUUCCGCCUUCAGCUUUUGACCAACAGUCGAAUGAUGACAAUCCUUCUUUCAACGCACAGUUGAUGAGUCUAGGCAUGUCUGAGCCUUUACCCCCGGACGAUGUCAUGGAGGAACUCAACAACAUCUUUUUCCAGAAUCAGUAUCGACUGAUACCCAUCGUCCAUCCAGGAAGGUAUCUCCAAUCAUUCUAUGGCCCCUUGCCCAGAAGACCGCCAAUGUGUUUGCGAUAUGCCAUAUGGGCUUUAGCAGCUGCCGGUAAUGCCAAGUACGACGAAUACCACGACAUCUUCUACCGUCGGUCACGGCAAUAUAUGGAAGCGGAUACGAUGAAGGGUCACGGUGAAGUCUUCAUUUCUAUUCAGCACGCGCAGACAUGGGCACUCGUGGCUUUCUACGAAGCAAAGAUGUUAUUGUUUACAAGAUCGACCAUAAGCGUGGCUAACUGUGUUCGCUUGUGCCACAUGAUGGGACUUAAUCGUCUAGAUGGAGACAAUGUCGGCAUGCCACCGUCUUUGGGGCCUCCUCUUACGUGGGCCGAGCUAGAGGAAAGAAGGAGAAUCUUUUGGGGCGUGUUCGCUGCUGAUUCUCAUUGUUGCAUCUCUACAGGAUGGCCCACUCUGAUCGAUUCGGACGAUAUUGCGACGAGGCUUCCUGCUUCCGAAGAAGCAUUCGUUCAAGACCGUAAAGAAGAAGCGCCUUUCUUGGACGAUGCGAUACAAGGUGCUCAGUACACAGGCUUUGCCGGGACCAUUGUUACAUGUCAGAUUAACAAGCUCGUUCUCCGUCAUAUUCACCGCUCCAAGCCAGACAGUCGAUGUGAAGAUCUGAUGAAUGGGUCAUUCUGGACUCGACAUAGAGAUCUGGAUAAUACACUGUCCAGCCUCUUUAUGUUUCUUCCUGAGAACUUUCGCCUUCCCGAAAAUAUACGAGACGUAUCAGCACUCCAUCUUAAUAUGAAUCUGCACGCCGCUAUUAUCUGUAUUCACCAUGCAGCUGUCGAAAAAGCCGAAAGGUACAAACUACCAGGUCAUGUUAAGCAGGGCAGUAUUGCUCGGCUCCGAGCAGCCGCUGAGGAGAUUGCCAACCUCAUGAGACUCACAUCGAACGUGACCCUUUUCUUCAAGAGCCCGUUGUCUGCCCUAUCACUGUACUGCGCAGCUACGGUAUAUAUUUAUCUUGCCAAAGAGAGUCCAGCAACAGGCCUCAACGCAAUGGACGUGUCAAAUUUUCAGCAUAUCAUUCAAUGUAUGGAAGCUAUCGCGCGUGUACAUACAAUCACCCGAAGCUUCUUACAUCAAACUUGUGUCGAUAUGGAGAAGAUUGGGUUGAAUUCUGUUAUCCAGAUGCCUUCACUUAGAAGGUACCGUGAUACUUUUGGGCCUAGCAAAUCCCAAAUACCGAUCUUGGCUCGUACGUCAGUUUCGAAUAAUCCCGGACCAUCACCAAUAGUGUCCAGAAGCGAGAAACAACUUGAAGUCGAGCAGACGAGACUGAACAAUAUUACCCAUCUUAUGGGCGUGACUGUGGGAAAGACAUGCUACCAGGCUUUGCUCGGAUCCGCCUACCGCAACAUUCGACCAGACCCAAUGAACAACAAACGGAAAAGAGCUGGGGAAAGCCCUGCGCCUACUUCGGUUCCUGGUAUGCGGAAUAGUAAUGCUCUUGAUUUGAAUCUGGAUCAUAAUUCCAAAGGAACAGGGAUGUGGUCUGCACCCUUUUCGCCUCAAAUGACUACUUUGGGUGGCAUCUCCUUGCCCGAUCGAACAAAUUCAUCAACUGCGUCCUCCCCAAUCAAUCAGGUCUCGAACUCUGGUUCAUAUACUAGAACAGCUUCGGGGAGUAGCCAUACAUCACCCGACAUUGGACUUGGAAACAGUGCGGAAGAAAACCGAAUCGACCUGAGGGCUUUCCAAGACCGAAUAUCUACACCAAUUUGGCAGUCAACUGAAGAAACCCUAUUUGCACAGAUGGCGACGAACACGCUGGGUACCGACGGGGCUGACACUUGGGGGAUAUUGACUGCUGUCGACUUGAGCUGGGAUGCGGAAGGGCUGUCAGCAGAGAGUUGA